GUCAGGAGCAGAAGACACAACCCUUUUUGCAAACAGCGGACAAAAGUGACCAGAGUUAGUAAAGGGCCGCAGAGGAAAAUAUGGCGCACAGUCUGGCGCAGCGGCUUGCAGAGCUGCUCUACAAAGCGGUGACGGGGGCACUGCUCUGGCUGCUCUGUCUGCUCACUUCGAAAAGCCCAGUGUCCGGCAAGAAGCUGCCGCCUGUCCAGCAACCGCUGCUGCUGGAGUCCGCCACGCAACUGGCGCGGAAGAUCCGACGGAAAGAGGUGUCUAGUGUGGAGGUGGUGCAGGCUUACAUUGACAGGAUCCAAGAGGUCAACCCUCUGAUCAAUGCCAUGGUACAAGAAAGGUUUUCCCUGGCUCUCCAGGAGGCAGCGCAGGUGGACAAACUCAUCGAGGAGGAGACAGGGGGAGAAGACGUGCUGGAGGACCGACUGCCCCUGCUUGGAGUGCCUCUCUCUGUCAAAGAGUCCUUUGCUGUGCAAGGUAUGGCCCAAACUGCAGGUGCAGUGGCCAGAAGGGGCAGAUUGGCCGCAGUGGAUGCUCCAGCAGUGGCUCUGUUGAAAAGGGCUGGCGCUAUCCCGCUGGGCGUCACCAACGUCCCGGAGCAGUGCAUGUGGAUAGAGUCCCACAACCACCUGUACGGCAUGACCAGAAACCCGUACAAUCUGGACAGGGUAGCAGGGGGCAGCUCAGGAGGCGAGGGCAGUAUUCUGGGAAGUGCUGGUUCGGUCAUUGGAGUGGGUUCAGACAUUGGUGGCAGUAUUCGCUUGCCUUCUUUUUUUUGUGGCAUUUUUGGCCAUAAAACCACUCCAGGGAUUGUGUCGAAUGAAAACCAACUGCCCCCUUUCUCUGGCCGCCAGGAGGAGCUCUUGAGUACUGGCCCCAUGUGCCGUUAUGCAGAGGACCUAUUGCCCAUGCUCAAGAUCAUGGCUGGAACCAAUGCUGACAAGUUGUCUUUAAACAAAAAAGUUGAUUUGAAGAAACUGCGUUUCUUCACACUGCCAAACUGUGGAGAGGCCCUCUACACAAGUCCAGUCAGUGAGGACCUAAAACAGGCUCAGAGGAAGGUGGUAAAGUGGCUCGAGGCUGAUCUUGGCGUGAAGGUUGAAGAGGUUAAUUUUCCUGAGCUGAAACACUCCUAUGACAUGUGGUUCAUCUCCAUGAGCAUCCCUGACCAUGAAGGCAAGGCACCUGAGAGUUUUGAAAAUUUGCUGGGUGAACCGGGAGCACCAGUGUGGCCACUCUGGGAGCUUCUCAAAGCAGUGGUGGGAAAAUCCGACCACACAAUGGCUGCUAUCUUGUAUGCGCUGUUAUCCAAAAUGGUCAGCCCUCCACUCUCCGCUUUGAACAUUAGAGAGAAACUGCAUGAAGACUUUGCCCAGCUACUAGGCACCGAUGGAGUCUUACUGUACCCAACCUUCACCAGAGUGGCCCCCAAACACCACCAUGCCCUCUUCAUAAUCUACGACCUUAUCUACACCGCCAUCUUCAAUGUCCUGGGCUUGCCAGUCACUCAGUGCCCUCUGGGUCUCAAUGAGGAGGGGUUGCCUCUGGGGGUGCAGGUAGUGGCGGGGAAGCUGCAGGACCAUCUGACCAUCCAGACAGCCAUAUACCUGGAGAAGGCUUUUGGAGGCUGGAGGGACCCUGGGGCAAAGUAGACUCAAUGUAAAGAAGUCACACCCACAAGGCACCCUUUUUUUGAUCUUCACUGCAAUUACACGCAUGCAUAGAAAAGGGCCUACUACUGUUAUAAGAGGAUUUCUCUGACUGGAGGGGGCGCAAUUCAAAUUUCUCAAAACACAAAGAGCAGAUUUGGAGAACUCUGUCAGGACUCUUGAGUUGAAAGGUUUUAUUUUAAGAUUUUCAACCUGGGACAACAGUGACAAGUUCUCUGGAGAAAUCUGAUUAUAAUUGGACUAUAAUUGUACUCUUAUUACUUGUGCAAGUAAUUGUAGUGACUGUUGAGGGGUUUAGCACAUUCAGCAGAAACACUAUACAGUGGAUGUGGAUUUAGAGACGAGCAUAAAAUCUGUUUAUGUUUAAAUUUGCUUUAUCCAUAUACCCAGUUUAUAUUUUUAAUAAAUAAAAAAAA